AUGGCUCAUCUCAAAAAGAGAGCAACAAUGGCAAAGAAAAUAAACAGAUUGACUAGUAGUGGAGAUGCUUCAAUUGAAUUAGAAGAAUCUAUUGUCAGUAAGUUGGAAAACAUAGAGAUUGACAAAAUUGCUGUACUUAAACUUGCGUAUGAAGAUAUUAAGAAAGAGAUUUUCUCUUAUACUCGCACAGAUCCUUUUUCUCAGUCAGUUCAUGUUUUUAAUCUCUGUAAGUUUAAAUCCGUUGAAUGCUACCUUCAAUACAGAAUAUCAGAUGCCAAAAUUAUCUGCUAUAAGAUAGUAUGCCAAAAAAAUCAGAGACCAGAAAGUCAAAAUGUGAUCGAAGUGAAGAGAUAUAAUAAUGGAGAGAUUUUGCCAACAAAGCUUGAUAUAUCUGGAAAUAUUUCUACAACUACAAUCUGGAAGUACCUUCAUAAAUGGGGUUAUGUCUUUAGAAAUAGCUCUAAAGACAUAUUUUACAAUGGUCAUUGA